GAAGAAGUUUUAACCAUGUUGCACGUUCGGAUUGGACUUCUUGACUAGCGUGGUUAGUUUAACCGAGACCGUGGUAAGUUUUACUGGGCAGGCUGAGGUCGGUAAAAUUAAUCAUUCGGCUUGGUUAAUUUAACCCUGAGGGAAUUGUAACCGACGUUCGGAUUGGAUUUUUUUUGGUCAAUUUAGCCAGUGACUCAGUUAAUUUGACCAAAUUAAGUCCAGUGCGAUAGGGGCUUAAGACACAAAAACUCUCCCAGUGAACCCUACCAGGGACCGAGGCACUGGUCGACCCCUUGGUUCGAACCCCCUCUUUGGAAAUGUCGGACCCCUUGAUGGCAAAUUUCUGGAGCCACCAGAGAUUCCCCAACAGCGAUCCAAAUUUGAGUCUCAAACUCUGACAGUUUUUUACCUCAUCCACACUGUGGUUGGAGAAAUAUGUUUUAAAUAGGCACAUCUAGAUUCCAUUCCUGUAAAUUACCAUAUCAGACUGCAAAAUACUUUUUCAAAAAAGGUUCUCCAAAGAAAUGACUGGCUUCUUCCACAACAAGGCAGGGUCAAGAAUUUCCCAAUGGGACGUCAUGUGCACCCUGGAUCCCUACUAGUGCCACAAAGCCUUUAAUUCGCUGCACCACAUGCCUCUACAAUUGAUAAUCAAUAAUAAAUUUUAUCUCAGCCACCAAGGAAGCCAUUCGUGUGUUGGAUCCUUCAACUGGUGAUGAACUAAAGCGGCAGGUUUAUUUGGAUGAAAAGAAUUUUCCUGUGAAAUUGGAUUGCUUCGUCAUGUUACAAGACAAGUUGUGGGUGGGCUGUGGAACAAGCGGUCAACUUAUCAUCUUCAAUCAAGAGACUCUAGACGUGAUUGACACUUUGCGUGUCAGUUGUCGUGGUAUCAGUAAGCUGGUUGCAGUAGAUAACCGGAUUUGGGCUGGCAGCAAAAAUGGUAGACUGCACGUGUUCAACAGCGAGACAUUUCGCAAAGAGAAAGAUCUUGAGGCUCAUGAGGAUGCUAUUCGCUCCAUGUGCACCGCAGACUCGCAGUAUAUUAUAUCAGGAUCAGGAAGUAGGGAUGGAAAAGUUGCAAUUUGGAAAGCAAACUUUGUUUCAUCAUAGGCAGUGACAUACCAAAGUUGUUUCAUAUAUGAACAAAAAUUAAUUAAGUGGCGAAUUUCAUUUGCUCUUGGUUGGGUAUCAAUAUAAAAUAAAAAUAAUUUUUGUAUGCAAUAAUUAUUAUUUAAAUAACAACAGUAAUGAUAACAAUUAUUAUGUGUAUAAUAACAUGGUUCCCUAUUAGGCAACAAAUAGUGACUUUAAUCAAAUGUUUAUGUGACAUUAUUUAUAGACAAUGACAUAGUUUGUGACAUCGGCAGUAUUUUUGUUAAUUGAGGCUUGCCUUCACAAAACCAGCAUCAGUGACCAAAAACUGGAAAUUGACUUUUUGAUAUUUACUCUUAUUUUCCAAAUUUUAAGCUUUAAAAUGAUGGGUCAUUUACUGGAAUCAAAUUGUGACUGCCUAAGUUAUGAGUAAAAAUAAAUAUUUUAGCUUCUCUGUACUAAAAUAUACAAUACUGUUAAAUAUGUAUUCUAAUUGCUCGGACUCAGUUUAACAAUUAGCCAGAGUACGCUGAUUUUGGAAUGGCAAUCCUCAAUUGGUCAUUUUUAUAAUCUUGUAUAAUUUGCUCCAUUCAGUAUAUAAUAGUACUGCCUUUGCACGUUGUUUCAAUUAAGAUACCAUGAACAAAUAAAUGAUGGCUAAUCAUGUCUUGAAUAGACCACAACACAUAUUUGUUAUGUCACAGCCAUUUGUGUUCUCUAUUAUAUUAUGAGAGUGGUAUUUUCUAAUGUCAUAGGCAAUUGUGAUCAGUACUCAAUACGAAGAAUGUAUAUUUUGUGCAUUUUAUAAGCAGUAG